AGAGUGCAAAAAGAAAGAGAAUCUUCUCUUUGUUUUGCAUUUCUUUCUUUAAUCAACAGCUUCACUUCAUCAAUCCAAGCUCCCACCAAACAAACACUCAGAUAUGAAUGCAGCAGUGGCAGAACCUGGAAGCAACCAGGCUUCUCCUCCCAAGUUCCAGCAGAAGGAGACCAGGCAGUUUAAGAGCAAGGCUCCCAAAGCUGGACAAAAGGGAUUUGAUGAUGUCCCAGGAAUGGAUGGCCUUGGAGAUGCUGAGGUUGUCUGUCCAUGGGAGGCAUUUGGAGACAUGGAGCUGAGUGAUCUGGCCCAGUUUGGCGUAGUUUAGAACUCCAAACGG